GGUUGCCUCGCCGGGAGGGAGGAAACGUGUUUCGUUUAAUUUUGCUGGGUUCUCGUGCUGUCAUUAGCAGUGCUGCUACUACAGUAACGUUUUAAACAGUAUUUUCGCGGGUACUUUGCGUUGUAAUUAACGGCGGCGUGGCAUAACGUUGCGAACAGCAAGGUUAGGCUCUGUCACCUGGCUGCAGCAGCUGACUUGGUGUCUUGCGGAGAGUGGCGACAGUUCCCAAAAGAAAACAAGCAAUUGCUAGUUAGCAAUUCAGCCAGUUAGCCUGUUAGCUAGCUAGCUCUUGCCUUAUUGCCACAGCAAGUCCCUCCCUCACAAAGUGCGUGGACGCUGUUGGCUGCGACGGUGAAGUCGAGUGUUUUUUUUUUUCUUUCUUUUUUUUCUUUUUUUUUUUAAAACUCCCCUCCUAUCAACUUAAUAGCCAGCAUCCCUAUACAGUUGGUUUGCACAGGAAAUACCCACCACAAAGGUUAGAUAGGGUAAGGAGACGGUAACGUAAAAUUGCUGGGUUUACGUUCGACAAGUGUCUUCUGUGGAGGGAUACGGAUCAUACACUGGCAGAGAGACUGGCUAAAAGAAGACGCGAAAUAAGAGCGAACAAGGAAGACACCAGGAAGGAGGGGACUGGCUAGUUUAGCCGGGGAGACUGAAUCGCACAUAGAUAGUACAUCAAGCUACGCACAGCCAUGAGUAUUGAGAUACCGGUUGGGUUGACAGAACUGCUGCAGGGCUACACUGUGGAGGUGCUCCGACAAAGGCCGUCAGACCUGGUGGAUUUUGCCGUACAAUACUUUACCCGUUUACGGGACACCAGAAGUCAGGAUGGGGCCAGCACAGGCGGCAAGACGGGAAAAGGAGUGAUGUUUGACGGCGAACCGAUGCAAACAGAGUCCAAUGGAGAGGAUGAUGAAGAUGAUGACUCCGACUUUGAACCUCCACCACCAAGCAGAUUCAACAGGAGAGUGUCAGUGUGUGCGGAAGCAUUCAACCCAGACGAGGAUGACGAAGACACUGAACCCAGAGUGGUUCACCCAAAAACAGACGUACAGCGCUGCAGACUCCAAGAGGCCUGCCGAGACAUCCUACUCUUCAAAACACUAGAUCAAGAGCAGUUCUCACAGGUGCUGGACGCUAUGUUUGAGUUGAUUGUUAAGCCUCAGGAGCACGUCAUAGACCAGGGAGACGAUGGAGACAACUUCUAUGUCAUAGAGAGGGGUGUGUAUGACAUAGUGGUAUCAGGAAAAUGCGUGGGUCAGUAUAACAAUAAGGGCAGCUUUGGAGAGCUGGCACUCAUGUACAACACGCCACGUGCCGCCACCAUUAUAGCCACCCAGGACGGGGCGCUAUGGGGACUGGACCGUGCUACAUUUCGUAGACUCAUCGUAAAGAACAAUGCCAAGAAGAGGAGGAUGUACGAGUGUUUCAUUGAGUCAGUGCCCCUACUCAAAUCACUGGAGGCAACAGAGAGGAUGAAGCUAGUUGAUGUAUUAGGAGCAAAGCAGUUCACAGAUGGCGAACGUAUCAUCACACAGGGAGACAAAGCUGAUUGUUUCUACAUUGUAGAAUCUGGGGAGGUCAAGAUCAUGAUGAAGAGUAAAACGAAGGCAGACCACGCAGACAACGCGGAGGUGGAGAUAACACGCUGUACCAGGGGUCAGUACUUCGGGGAGCUGGCCUUGGUCACUAACAAGCCCCGGGCUGCCUCAGCCUACGCAGUGGGAGAUGUCAAGUGUUUGGUAAUAGACAUCCAGGCAUUUGAGCGCCUCCUGGGCUCCUGUAAGGAGAUCAUGAAGAGGAACAUCGCCCACUAUGAGGAGCAGCUGGUGGCUCUGUUUGGCUCCAGCAUGGACCUGAGAGACUGAGCCUCCCACACCACCCUCCGUGCCUUCUACUACAAACACACAUUCAGACAGACAGACAGACACACAGACAUAUGUCCUCUCCCACAUCAUGCAGUGGCUAUAGAGACUCAUAAGCUUUACACAGAUGGUGCAAAUGCAUGAAAGUGUACUUGGCUCACCUCCAGGUAUAUAAAUCCUCAGAGUAUGAACACACACUCCAUCACACACACAUUCUCACAUCUCUGUAGGCACUGAGAGACGCUCACUUAAGUCUGCUCACCCUCGUGCACAACCAGCUCAACAGACCCCUUGUUAAGCUGACUUUGGUUAGAUACACACACAUAUACUCAUACAGAGCUAGCUGAAGGCCACAUACCUUGUUGUUUGAGCCAGCUUCAACCUCUCAGUAUGAAUGCCUUUGCUGCAGUGACCUAAAACGGGUAAAAGCAGUGUAAGGACGUACAGUACACAAGCACUCCAUACACACGUCCAAAAACACACCGAGCUUCACAUGUGCAGGCUUUGCAUUCACGUGAGCACUUAAACAACUCAAAGUUGUUCCAAGCCUCAGCCAAGGACACAUCAACCCAUGGACACACACACACACACACACACACACACACACACACACACACACACACACACACACACACACACACACACACACACACACACACACAGGGUUACAGGGGUACAAGGGUACAACAUAUAGGCAACCACAGUUGCAAAAACGGAUACACUGUGGUAAAAUGGAGAUGGAAAAACUUCCCUGAAAAGGAAAACUUCAAAUUCAAAAAGGCAAAAAAAAA